AUGGUCAAUAACGCGCUGGCAGUCCUUGCGCAGGUCAACAAAGAGCGGGUGGAGAAUCCCAACUUCAAUAACUACAUAGUCCAAGACCCUGAAGAGGCGAAGGCCCAAGCAUCAUCUGCCGCCCCUCUAGAUUAUACUGCCCAAGCGGCGGACAACGCACGGCUACGGAGACGAGACGACACGCCAACUACAACCCGCGGAAACAAAGCCUACUCCAUCCCGUCCGAGCUGGCCAAAGCAGCAAAGAUUGUUGCCGAAUCCACGGACAACACCCCGAGCGGGAACCACAGCGAUGUAGCAGCCAUAGCCCGACACAAAUACGCAAAGGGAAACCAAACAACGAAUACCCCAGCACAAGCUUUGGUUCAUUCCAACGGACUUUACGAUUUCCAGUCAUAUGCCGAAAGUGACAAUGCGCCGGUUGUAAUUCAGAACAAUACAAAGCUGCAGAAGCGAGCGCCUUCGCAGUAUUGGAUGCCGCACAUGGAAAAGAAUGGAAACAGCCCGUUCGCCCCUGAUGGCUACAAGGUUUGGAGGAAUGUGCGAGACUACGGAGCUAAAGGCGACGGGGUCACAGACGACACCGAGGCUAUCAACCGAGCUAUCUCCGACGGAGGACGAUGCGGUGCCAACUGCGGUUCGAGCACAAGAUAUCCUGCCGUCGUCUGGUUUCCAGGGGGCACGUAUCUUGUCAGCUCUUCCAUUAUCCAGUACUACAACACCCAGUUUAUAGGAGAUCCGUUAAAUGUCCCAACCAUCCUCGCUGCGUCCAGUUUCGUUGGCCUGGGUGUCAUUACCUCGGACCCAUAUGUCGGCGACAACGCGCAAUGGUACCUGAAUCAGAACAAUUUCCUCCGCAGCAUCAAGAACCUCAAGAUCGAUAUCCGCCCUACAGAUCCAUUCGCCUACAUCUGUGCGAUUCACUGGCAGGUUGCGCAGGGAACCUCUCUGGAGAACAUCGAAUUCUAUAUGCUUUACAAUUCGGAUGUUCCGGGUAACACACAGCAGGGUAUAUAUAUGGAGAACGGAUCUGGCGGCUUCCUGGCCGACCUCACCUUCGUGGGCGGGAAUUUCGGAGCGUACUUUGGAAACCAACAGUUUACCACCAGUCAGCUUGUAUUUGUCAAUUGCAACACCGCCGUGCAAGUUCACUGGGACUGGGCAUGGACAAUGCAAGACUAUGUCAUUGAAUCAUGCACAAACGGAUUGACUAUUAUCGGCGGGGCCGGUGGGUCAAUGAGUACUGGACAGGGUGUUGGUUCGCUCAUCCUGGCAGAUGCGAUCAUUGCUAAUACUCCAAACGGGAUCAUCACUUCGUUGCAUGCUGAGAACUCCACCUCGCUGCUACUCCACAAUGUUGGUUUCUUCAAUGUGGAAACAGCUGUGGUGGAUAGUGUGAAAAACCAGGUCCUGCUUGCUGGAGGGAAUGAAGUUCUCAAAGACUCCUGGGGUUUCGGCUCCGUCACUGACGCUAGUGGUGUGGGAUCGUUUGUUUCAGGGGCAGAUAUCCCCGUCAUGAAUAGGACUGAGAUGAUGACUGGGACCCAGGCCUAUGUGAAGCCAAACUGGUUUACUCGGCGGCGGCCCCAGUACGAGGACUUGUCCACCAAUGACAUUGUCAAUGUGAAGUUGUUCGGUGUCAAGGGGGAUGGGAGCUCAGACGACACAGUAAUGCUUAACUGGGUCUUGUCAUACGCGGCGAAUCUGUCGUCCGUGGUGUACUUCCCCUACGGUGUCUACGUUAUCAAAGAUACCCUCAAUGUUCCGGUGGGCUCACGUAUCCUGGGCCAAGCGUGGCCUCAGAUCAUGGCCACCGGGUCGAAGUUCGAAGAUAUUGAUAGUCCACAUGUGGCAGUCAAAAUAGGCGAUCCAGGUGACAUCGGCAUUAUUGAAAUCCAGGAUAUGUUGUUUACCGUUUCCGGCCCAACCGCCGGCGCUGUCCUGGUUGAGUGGAACGUCGAGCAGUCCGUCAAAGGGUCCGCCGCCAUGUGGGAUUCUCAUAUUCGCGUUGGGGGUGCUGUCGGGUCGAACCUUCAGAAGCAGCAGUGUCCUAAAGAAACAGGCCGUGUGAAUCCAAAAUGUAUCGCAGCUUCUCUUUUGCUGCACCUCACGCCGACUUCAACGCCUUAUCUCGAGAACAUCUGGGUCUGGGUCGCGGAUCAUGACUUGGAUGUCGUCACCCAGGACCAAAUUGAUAUCUACUCCGCUCGUGGCAUUUUGAUCGAGAGUAAGCAGGCAUGGCUGUAUGGGACGUCCUCAGAGCAUAGCGUCCUCUACCAGUACCAACUUUCCCAGGCCGAGAAUAUCCUCAUGGCCAUGAUCCAGACCGAAUCCCCGUACUACCAGCCUGUGCCCCUCGCUCCAAACCCCUUUACACCGGGAGCAUUCCCGAACGACCCCCUGUUCGACGACUGCAAAUCCAAUGGGCUCAAAUGCGCUGUGUCGUGGGCAGUGCGCAUCGUUGACUCGUCAUCUGUUUGGAUUCUGGGAAGCGGACUUUACAGCUUUUUCUCGGACUACUCACAAGCCUGCCUUGAGACUGAAGACUGCCAGCAGAGAGGAUUAGAGAUCGAGCAAAGCUUCAAUGUCUGGAUUCACAAUCUGUGUACGAAGGCGAUCGUCGAAAUGGUAUCACCCUUCCAAGGUGUCCCAACUUAUGCCAAGGACAAUGUCAAUGGCUUCCUGUCGUCCAUUCUAGCCUGGCUAGGAGGCGCCGAGAAGACAGUUGGGGAGCGCGAAUUCGUUGGUUUCAGCAUCUACAGUACCUCCAGUUUGGAGAAUCUUGAUCUCCCACCCGCUUGUAAGACAUCUCUCACAGAACGAUUCAAAUGCGAUCCAUAUGUCUCGUCCAUGACCCGACUCGGCUACCAUGGCUCCCUUGAUAACGAUACAUUGGCCGAUUCCGUGUGCGAAGCGAGCUGCGGGAAAAGUAUCCAGCAGUGGUAUAACUCCGUGGAGAGGAAUUGUGCCGGCCACAAUAUGACCAAUGGAGCGCCUCCUGUAAUGUAUGGUGCGCGGAUGUGGGCUGGGUACAAUGAAACGUGCCUCAAGGACGAGGAGACCAGAGAAUACUGCAACGCCAUCAUCGACAAGUUCACCAUCGUCGAUUCCGCCAGUCAAAUGCCGGAAACCGAAAUCUGCUCGUACUGCUAUGUUGAGCGUUAUCGAAUGAUGCAGCGCACCCCGUACUCAGCAUAUGAUGAUUACUAUAAGGCAGUACUGGAGACGAUCAACAAGAGGUGCGGACUGUCUGGGCCCACCGAUAUCAAAGAAAUCCCUCUGGGCACGCCACAGACUGAAAAUUUCGAUUGUUUUUCUGGCAAAACUUACACAACUGUCAACGGGGACACAUGCACAUCUAUCGCCAAGGCAAACAGUAUUUCCUCCGCUGCUCUCUACAUGGGGAAUCAGGAUGUCAUUCACUGGUGUUCUUUCAUUUCUGCAAGCUUGGAACUGUGUCUCCCACUAGGGUGCGAGAAGACAUACGAGCUCCAACCCUCGGACACCUGCAGAAGCAUUGAAUUUGCCUUCGAGCUCGAAGCCGACGACGUGCGAAAGUUCAACCCCUGGGUCUCGCUGGACUGCGAGAACAUCCAAAUCGCAAGUAAGAUCUAUGGGACGAACAUCUGCUUGUCGCCUCAAGGGGGCGAACACACGACGAACAAACCUGGCACCGGCACGACCCCAGUAACUUCCGACGGCCAUGUAUACGGUAUCGUGGCGCCGCCGGAGAAUGCAACUCUGGCAGAGGGGACUACGACCAAUUGCGGACGGUGGCAUGAGGCCGCUGACGCUGAGAGCUGUGUUACCAUAUGUCUCCAGAAUAUGAUCACCCACGAUCUGUUUGUUCAAGUCAAUCCGUCUCUGAAUAAAGAUGAUUGCACUGCAAGUUUGCAGGUCGGGAAGACUUAUUGCACGGGUCCAACAUAUACAUGGGAUGAGCCCCUUGAGGAGAAUUUCGAGGAGGGUGUUUUGAAUGGAUAG